AUAUCGGUAUUGCGAUAUUUUUUUUGAUUUUUUUUUAUAUUUUUCCUUUGGUCACUCUGAUCACGACGCUUUUACCGAGUACACGUGCACGUGACAAAAUAAAUAUAAAAUCAAAUUACACUGAAAUAAAAAACGGGACUGCAAAAUGCAAACUGUGCGAAAUGAUAAUAAAAACCAGUGUCCUCGCACCUUAAAAAUAAACAUUACGAUGUUUUCGUAAAAUGUGCGAAAAAGAAGGUAUGUACAUAUGGCAUAUGUAUGUAUGUGUGUGUAUGUUCAGAUUUUAGAAAGUUCAAAAUUCCACUGAAAAUCGACGAUUGUACUGAAAAUCGAAGAACAAACGCGUACAUACACGUUGCUCACAACAUAGAUUAAUUUAUUUUUAUUCUUAGCUGUCAACAAACUUCGAAAAUGUCCUCACGAUAACCGAGUCGUUUAAGACUGCUGAGGCGUUUAAAGGUAAGUGUGUUUUAAACCUGUUUAUAAUUUAAAAAUAAAAACGUAUCUUCACUUUUAUUAUAGAUGAUGGUUUCAAAACCAAAGAAAUCACAGACGCAAUCGUUUUUAUGAUUUGUAAAGACAACAUGCCAGUGCGGUGUGUAGAGAAGGAAGGAUUACAAGGGCUCCUGAAAAAAUGUGUGCCGCAUUAUAAAAUGCCAUGCAGAUCUAAGGCAAGUAUUAAAGAAAUUUUAUGUGUUAUGAUAGAUCAUCAUAAAUUUAAAUCCAUUUUCAGAUCACAACAAUGAUUGAGGAUAAAUACACUGUAUGUGUAGGAGCACUAACAGAGAUUUUGAGUUCUGUGGAGGACGUAGCGUUCACCUGCGACGCUGUAACGAUCCCAAACUCGAGUCGCUCGUUUCUCACAAUUACAGCUCAUUUUCUACAUGAAGAGUCGCUGAAUUCCAUAUGCCUUAAAGCUUCCAGAAUGGAUCAGUCGCAUACCAGUGAUUAUAUAACCACUUUAUUGGAAGAGGCCUGCGCAGAGUUCGGUAUUAACAGUUUUAAGUGUACCACUCUGACUACUGACAGCGCCAAUAAUAUGAAGUGCGCUGCCAAACUUUUCUUGGGGAAUGGAAGGCAUGUGCCGUGCUUCGCGCAUACAAUUAACUUAGUUGUGGAUGAUUCCAUUAAGGAAAUUCAGUCUUUUUCCAAUAUUUUGGAUAAAAUUAACCGAAUCGUAAUGCACUUUAAACAUAGCACGGCCAUGAUGGACCUACUAAGAAAGGCGCAAGCGGAUGAGGGCACUCCGGAAGGGAAAAUAAAAACCCUAGUCCAAAACAUUGACACCCGGUGGAACUCGUGUCUGGAUAUGAUGCAAGCGUUCCUCAACCUAGCGAACAAAGUCGCAGUAAUUUUAAUUAAUAAAUCUGAACACGCUAAGGGACUUCCCGAAUUGUUGAAUUCAUCUAGAUCCUAGAUUUAAGAAAAUGUACCUAGCACCAAUGAUGGUAAAGGAGGCGGUGUUUGAAAUCAAUAAUGAGAACACAAUGUCUGCCCAAGAAAGACGGGUAUGUCAUCAAGCUAAAAUUUUGCUUAGUAAUAAUAAUAAUAAGUAAUACUAAUAAGAAAUAACUAAUUAACUUGUAAAUGUAAUCAGUUUAACAUAAUAUAUAUUUAUAUAU